ACUUUGUUCAUCCAUGGGCAUAAAUUCACAUUUAAGCACUUGUGUUGGCACUCAAUCACCAAAAUACUUAGAAAUGGCCCAAAGGCACAUUUCCCUUUCAGUUGGGCCCGCCGCGCGACCGCGCCGGGGCUCUCGCUGGCUCCCGCCGUUGCGAGACGGGCGGCCUCCGCGUCGGGAGGAGGCCACGGGCGCGUCGUCGUUCGCUCAACCGACGGCGGCUGUCUGUGGUUCCGCGACGAGGGCGCCCAUGGUGAAAGUCGCGGCAAGCGGCUCUACUGCCACUCCACUCUGCGGCGGUGCCAGCGUUGAUGACCACCUCUCGGCCUACUGCUACUUCUUCUCUCGGCCUACUGCUACUUCUUCUCCAGCAUGGGUCUAGUCCAUGUCGCGAUACGGGGUUUGGAUAUUUUUGGGCUAGGUUCCUUCCCAACUCUGCAGUGUAGCCUCUCCGCAGCGUGGUCUAGCUACGCUCCUUUCCCUUGGUUCUGAUGGCGUGGCUGGCUGUUGCCCUUUGAAGGUUGUUCAGCAUGGGUCUGGUGAAUGAAGGCAUCGACAUGGAGGAGGGAAACCCGGAGAUCGGCAUAGCAAUUCUUUUGCAUGACAGUUAGUUUUAUUUUAUUAAUCUGUGCUAGAUCUUCAAAUACACACAAUCCAAUCUUGAAUAUUUGGUUAAAUAAGUAUGCUGCUUGUACCAUAAACUGUGUGCGACGCAAAUUUCAGUAAGUGCAUUUUGCUGAUGUAUUGUGGUA